AUGGAUUCAGCAAGCAAAAACAGUAGCCUGAGAGGGUGGGACAAGGGAUUUAACCUCACUUGGUAUGCAAAUUAUGACUGUUCUACCUGCGAAUGCUCUGGUGGGCAUUGUGCAUUUUCAUAUCUUCGUGAUUGGACUAACAUUUGCUUUUACCCUGACGGAGGGCGCAAGUAUACUCCUCCCUAUGAGUUUCCAAGGCCCGAGGAUACUAAUAAGUGUCAUCCUUACUUUUUCGAGGAGAACCCUGAUCCUAGAAAUACAAUUCCUGGAUGCCCUGUUUGUGUGUGCAAUGCUAGUCGCGUCUUUCAAUAUCCUUUCUGGUUUGAUGGAACAGGUUCUACAUAUUGUGGUUAUCCUGGUCUCGCGGUGUCCUGCGAUUAUGGAGGCGUUCUAAGCAUUUCAGAUGACAAAUACUAUAUCAAGCACAUCGAUUAUGAAAGACGCAUAAUCACAUUAGCAGAUGUUAACAUGAUAAGCAAUAAUGCCUGUGUUAGUCCUGUCCAUAUUGUCAAGCUUCAAACUCCAAGCUCUCUGUCCUACGGGGAUGGAAAUAGCAGUAUAAAGUCGCAUUUGCCAGUUUCAGAAAAAUCUCCCAUUAUUGACUACUCAUGUGAGCAACUAUUUCAAGUUCCAUUGCUCAGGAAGGCUGUGGAGACUCUAAAUGGUCGUGGUUCAUCACAAAUCUUGAAAGAAGGUUUUGAGGUAAGGUGGAAUCUUGAUCCGAAUUGCGGGAAAUGUGAAAAAUCUGGGGGAGCUUGUGGGUUUUACACUAAUUCAGCUUGGAAUUUUUCUUGCUUUUGUCCUGAUAGGCAAAACCAUCCCCAAGAUUGUUUGCCCAUGAAGACCAAGCUUCUGAUAGGUAAGAAUGAAUCCCAGAGAAAAAUAAUGAUUAUAAUGUCAUUAUCUGAUUCCUUGUCCGCCCCCCCUUUUCUUGUCUAUGUUGUCAGAAGAAACAUGAAAAUGCCAGGAAAGUGGAAAAAGUUUCUAGAGGACUAUGGAUGCCUAACUCCCAAAAGAUACAAUUAUGCAAUGACAAAGAAAAUGACCAACACCUUCAAGGACAAACUGGGACAAGGAGGGUAUGGGGCAGUAUUCAAAGGGCAACUUGCUGAUGGUCAUUUGGUUGCUGUUAAAGUCUUGAGUGAAUCCAAAGGUAAUGGUGAAGAAUUCAUCAAUGAGGCAGCCAGCAUUGGACGAACUUAG